GACGGAAGCGGCCGCGGCUCCGCGCUCCCUGCCGGCCCGGCCGGGCUCUGCCCCGCGCCCGCUGCCCCCCGGCGGUUGCCGAGGCCAUGGCGGAGCCGGGCAGGCCGCAGCGGAAACUGUCGAGGGUCGGAGAGAGUCUGUACCGCGUCCUGGGGCUGGAGAAGGGCAGCUCGCCCGAGGAGAUCAAGCGGGCGUACCGGAAGCUGGCGCUGCGUUACCACCCCGAUAAGAACCCGGACGAUCCGGCGGCCGCCGAACGCUUCAAGGAGAUCAACAGCGCUCACGCCACGCUCAGCGACGCCGACCGGAGGCAGCUGUACGACCAGUACGGGUCGCUGGGCCUCUACGUGGCCGAGCAGUUCGGAGACGAUGCCGUCCGUCACUACUUCCUCAUGUCCCAGUGGUGGUUCCAGGCCCUGGCGCUGUGCUGUGGUUUGCUGACCUGCUGCUGCUGUUUUUGCUGCUGCUUCUUCUGCUGCGGGAAGUGCUGCCCACCCCGCGAGGACGAGUCCUAUAAGUACGUCGACCCCAAGGACCUGGAGGCGGACGAUGGUGGCGACCCACAGGUCCCGGUGGAAGCGCAGCCCCCCGCAAGCAACGCCCAGCCCCUGCCUGCUGCCGGAGCCAGGAGCGAGGCAUAGGGCCACCUAUGUGCCGGAGGGGGGUGGGGGGUAAAGCCUCCUCCGGGACCACCGCCGCUUCCCAAGACCCCAUCGUGGGGUGGGGAGGGGGGUGUACAAUCUCAGGUGAAACCGUCCUACAGCGCUGUGACUGAGACCGGUAGCACUGUAACCCCGGGGCCGGACCCCCCUGACGGGAGCUGGGUGCCAAACGCUGCUCUGGGGCUGGUAUGGGGGGGGAGGAGGAGGGGUCGGAGAGGGGCCUCCCGUCGCGCCCCACUCUGCCUCGCCGUGGGGCCGCACCGCGCUCGUUAUGGGGCUGGGACCCUUCAGGCACUUUCCGUGGGUUUGUAUAUGUUAUAUGGGCACCAUUAAAGGAUGAUGGGGGGGA